AUGGGCUCCCAAUUGUCGCCGGCGACAGCCCCCUGGGAGGGAGUCUCGGGUCAGGAACAACUUUUUGUUCUGAUCACAGGUGCCAAUAGUGGUAUCGGUCUCAGUAUUGGAGAACGACUUAUCGACGAAUUCCUUGCUACACGCUCUUUGCGCUCCCACCUCAUCCUCAUCCCUACCACACGAUCCAAGUCCAAGUCCUUACAAACGAUCCAAACCCUUCGUGGCUACGCCAACAAGGCUGCGCAAUCUUCUACAGCACUACGUUCGCGGGCUGGGAGUUCAUAUCGUUGGGAAGAUACCAUUGCGCGAAUCCAUGUUCUGAGCUUGCAGCUUGACCUGUGUGACUUGCGCGGGGUGUAUUCUUUCGCAAAUGCUUUGUUACGAGGUCCGGUGAGCAACCCUGAGGGGCUGCAGGGCGAAUAUCUACGAAAUGUACGCAUUCCCAGGCUGGAUACUGUAGUAUUCAAUGCUGCGUAUGGUGGAUGGUCAGGGGUCAAUUAUCCCAAAGCUGUAUGGACUAUCUUGACCCAGGGGUUGGUGCAGUCUGUUACUUGGCCAAACUUCAAGAUGGCCCUCCCUACUGCUCUCUUGAACGAAAAGCGCAACUACAACUAUCCCAAGGAACCUUUACUCGGCGAGGUGUUUACAGCCUGUGUUUUUGGUCAUUAUAUAUUGGCCCAUGAACUUCUUCCACUACUUAGUCGGCGAUCCGAAACCGAAACACCCGGCCGUCUUGUCUGGUCCAGCAGUCUUGAGGCCGUCGACAGUGUUCUUGAUAUGUCCGACUUCCAGUGCUUCAAUGGUAAAGGCCCGUACGAAUCCGCUAAACGAGUCACCGACAUUCUCUCCCUCACUGCAACUCUCCCCGCAGCCAUGCCAUCUUCCAGCCGCUUCUUCACCCCCGACGACCCCAGCGAGGCCCGCGAUAAACCCAUUCGACCGCGCAUGUAUCUCACCCAUCCGGGUAUUGUUGCCAGUACCCUAUUCCCAGUUCCCUGGUUUCUGAUGUGGGCAUAUGAACUUGCUCUUCUGAUCAGUCGCUGGAUUGGUUCGCCCUGGCACAACACAGACAGCUAUACCGGUGCCAAAUCCCCUGUUUGGAUUGCGCUCCAAGAGCAAUCUGCGCUUGAUGAACUAGGUGCAGAGCGCAUCAAGUGGGGCAGCAGCUCGAACCGUCACAUGCAGGUCGAAGUUAAGAAGACAGAAGUUGAAGGCUGGGGUUGGGAGGGCAAAGUCGAGGAUGCGGCGGCGCUUGAAGCGGACACCGCUGUUGGUGUUUUCAGGAAGACCAUCGGGCGAAAGAGAGGCGCUAAAGACGUGACCAAGGAAGAUAUCGUGAGAUUCGAGGAACUGGGCGCCGAAUGCUGGGAAAGGAUGGAGAACAUGCGACACGAGUGGGAAACCAUUCUUAGGGUUAAAAAGGCAUAG